CCAUAUCCAGACUUCCCCUGGUACACCGUAAACACUGGAGUGGACGUUGGAGAUAAAGUGCCGUUUACCUUCUCCAGUAGGUUACACCGAGGGUUGAUAAAAUGUAAUGUUUUCAGCGCCAGGAAUGAGGCAGCUCAACAUCUUCCGCCAUCUCAUCGUUUCGUCUUGAUGUUUUCUGCCCGCGUGCACAUUCAAAUUUGAUAGGUGACGGAACAAAGUUCAAGCAAGGAACCCGUACAUGAUAAACUUUUCAGAAAGUUUUAGUUCCAUUUAAAGGGACCAUCGCAAGAGUGCUUCAACGAAGUCUGGAUAUAAAAAUGAAGGCAGUUCUUACACUGAGCGUUUUUGUGACUCUGGUUCGGUGUGUGCCGUCUCGUUGCGAACCUGGCAACUAUUUUCAGGGACCAUGCAAGGUUCCAGUUGAGGAGAAACCCAAGUGCACAGACAUUGUUCUUGGAUACUGUGAUGACAUGUCCUACACCAAGACUAUUUUCCCUAACAUCCUUGGGCACAAGACACGUGAUGAAGCUGAGCUGAGCACAGAGUACCUGCUCUUGAGUGUGAUCCAUUCUUUACUGAAUGGAGAGUGCAGCCCAGACAUCCGCAUGCUGGGCUGCUCAGUGCUCGCCCUACGUUGUGAGAAAGGAACGAUCAUUAAACCCUGCCGCAGCUCGUGUGAGUUAGUGCAAAAAAGCUGUGCGCAUGCAUUUGAGGGCAUCAACAUGGCCUGGCCCUAUUUCUUAGACUGUGAUCGGUUCUUUGUCAGUGAAGAAGAGGGCUGUUAUGACCCUUUGGAAGGCCUGAGAGAGAAGCAGGAGAUGUUCAUGGCUAGUGUCCCACCAGAGGAUCCUUUGACAACUAUAAAGUUCACCUAUCACUCCAUCACACAAAUGUUUAAUAUUAUGAAGAUAACAGCAGCACGCUGUGCCCACAUCUCCAGAACAUACAGUAUUGGUAAAAGUGUUGAAGGAAAAGAUCUGCUUGUGAUUGAGUUUUCAAGCAACCCUGGAGAACAUGAACUAUUGGAACCAGAGGUCAAAUACAUUGGAAACAUUCAUGGGAAUGAGGCCAUGGGCAAAGAGCUUCUGAUCUAUCUUGCCCAGAACUUGUGCUCUGAAUACCUGCUUGGUAACAGCCGGAUCCAGACUCUUAUCAACACCACUCGUAUUCACAUCCUCCCAUCCAUGAAUCCUGAUGGAUACGAGCUGGCCUCUGCUGAGGUGCAGAGUGGAAGUGAUUCUGAUUAUGAUGAGGUUGCCAGACCCAGAGUGGAUUUCAUCGGCCGAGCCAAUGCACACAAUAUAGACCUCAAUAGAAACUUCCCUGACCUCACCUCUAUUGUCCACAACCGACUCAGAUACAAACAACACCGUACUGACCACAUUCCCAUCCCCAAUUCUUACUGGUUUGGUAAGAUUGCUCCAGAAACAUAUGCUGUAAUGAAAUGGAUACGCUCAAUUCCAUUUGUCCUAUCAGCUAAUCUUCAUGGUGGAGAUCUGGUGGUCUCUUACCCAUAUGACCUUUCAAAACUAGAAAAUAACAUGUUCUCUCCCACUCCAGAUGAACAGGUGUUUAAGAAGUUAGCCAGAACAUAUGCAGAUGCUCAUGCCAUCAUGUCACACAAAGACACAGGGAGGUGUGGAGGAAUGUUUGCAGAUAAAGGUGGCAUAGUCAAUGGGGCCGAAUGGUAUAGCAUUGCAGGAGGAAUGUCAGAUUUCAGCUAUCUCCACACAAACUGCUUUGAGAUCACAGUAGAUUUGGGCUGUGAUAAAUUUCCAGCUGAGGAGGAUCUUUACACAGGCUGGCAAGAAAAUAAAGAGGCUCUUUUGAGUUUUAUGGAGGCGGUGCAUCAGGGGAUUAAAGGUAUUGUGAAAGAUGAAGAUGGGAACAGGAUCAAAGGAGCUACUGUGUCCGUCAAGGGGAUAAGGCAUGACAUCAAAACAGCUGAGAAUGGGGAUUACUGGAGACUUCUGAUGCCUGGAAUCCACAUCCUGACAGCCUCUGCACCAGGGUACUCCAAGGCUAGGAAAAGGGUCCACCUCCCUGCUCAAAUGCAGAAAGCCGGACGUGUAGAUUUUGUGCUCAAAAGGGCCCCACUAGAAUCAGACAUUGACACAUCUGUUGAUGCCUAUGAGCGCUUUGACCCAUUCAACCAGUUUGCUCAAGAUCAAAUCAGGGACCCAGUGGAGGGAGAAGAGGAGAGACAGGAAAAGCCAUGGUGGUGGUCUUAUUUCACACGCUCUUCUUACCAAUCACCCACCUGGCUACUUAGAAGUCACUAGAGUUCCAUCUGCUGGUUUGUUUAAAAACAUAUGGAGCCUCUGAAUCUUUAUUUCAGGACUUCACAUUAAAUCAGAUUCACUAUCAAUAAUGGUUUAUAAGAAAUAGUAAAAACACUUUAUCAAGAGUAAAACUCUUAUGUGGUUAAAGUACUUCUUGUAAAAUCAAGCUUUAUUGUAACAUCUUUCAUUAAAGACCAAAAUAAUUCCAAACAGUUGCUAAAUAUUACCUGUAAUG